AACGAAAUAAAGAUAAUAGAUAUAAGGCAUACAUAGUAUAUUUAGUUGUGUCACUAGAAGAACAUCAAUAUUUUUGUUUUUCACUUAAGAAUAAUAUCAGUGGUGUGGUUUUGGUUGAUACAGAAAAUCUGUUUUUAUAAAUAUAAAGAAAAAUGUCCCAGGAAUUAAAAGAAUUAUUUAACCUUUUAUUUGCUGAAAAUGCAGCAGAAAACGCAGAAAACUUUGUUGAAAUAUUGGAUUAUAUAAAAAAAUUAGGAUCACAGAACUGGGACCAUAUAAAAAAAGAGCCUGACAGACUUGGCGAAGAAAUGAAACAAUUGACAGAACAAACGCAGGAGUUGGCUUUUACAAAUUACAAGACUUUUGUAGAAACUGCUGAAAUCUCUAGAACCAUUAUGAAAGACUUGGGAAAGUCAAAACAGUCAUUAGAUGUGUUUCUGGAGACAACGCCUAUAUUUAUUCAGGAAUGUGAAAAAUUUUCACACUUUGCUGGGAACAUUGUUAAAGAAAAAAGUCGCUACAGUUCAAUACGCAGCCAAGUUGACAAAAUGUUGGAACUUCUGGAACUACCUUCUCUGAUGCGAGAGGCUCUCAAUGCUGAAGACUAUGAAAGUGCAUUAGAUAUAUUCACAUUCAUAAGAAAUCUAUCAAAGAGAUACUCAGAAAUACCAAUUGUACAGACUACAACAUCUGAGAUAAUGACACUGUGGUUUGAGACAUUAUAUCAUCUUUUCAAUCAGUUGCGCUAUGAUUUACCUUUGCCACAAUGUUUACAGAUUCUAGGAUACUUACGCCGAGCAAACACUGUAUAUAAAUCAACGGAUGAAGAGCAAGAAGGGCUCCAAUACAAGUCCAGCACAGCGACGUCUGACGGGCUGCAUCUACAUUUCUUGAAAGCCCGGAAUGCUUGGUUUGAAAAUGCUUUGGAGGAUGCUAGGAACAAUGAAUCAUCAGAAAAAUUACUAAGGAAAAUAGUAGAACUACACAGGAUACAUUUAUUCAAUGUGCUGACGCAGCACAAAUCUAUAUUUUUGUCUGAUACACAAGAUUCCAAAGUGAAACAUGAUGAAUUAAGCGGUACAAGCGCCUUGUCUUGCUGGUUGAAACAAAAGGUUGAAGUAUUAGCUCAAACCUUAAAUCAAGAUUUGCUAAAGGAGGAUGAAUCAAGCUUUGAAUCCCUGCUGAAUCAGUGCAUGUUUCUUUGUCUAUCAUUCGGUCGCGUCGGCGCCGAUAUGAGGUGCGUCCUUACACCUCUGUUCCGGAAUAAUAUCUUGGUGCAACUGACCAGUGGCUUAGAGAGAGCUGUUAACCAAUUAGACAAGCAAAUGCGCUCGUAUAAAGUGCCCAGUAUAAAGAAUGUGCCAAGGCCUGUGAACGAAAAUAUGGCUUCUGGUCCGCCGGAGAAUCUACUUGAUUAUUACCCUUUGGCGGAAUUCUGUAAUGGUCUACUGACCGUGCUGAACACCCUUAGGGUCACAGCUCCUUUAAAUAUAGUCAAAGAAGUGUACAACGGCUUUAGAAAAGCAUUAGAGAAAGCUGUUCAGAUUCUGGUAGCAUUCUAUCACAAAGAACAACAGAGUUUCACAGAUAUUGAGCGACAAAACUUCGUCUUGUUUUGUGUAUGUUUCAGUGAAGAUUUAGUCCCUUACAUUGUGAAGUGCCUCUCGCAAUCAUUCCCCUCAUCCCAGAUAGCAGAGCUGUUGGGAGUAACUUUGACUGUAUUACAAGAAAGUAAGAUUUUUCAUAUUGACCAAUUGGCGAUCUGUGAGCCAUUGGGAAGUAUUACUGGUGUGGCAAUAAACUAGGACGUAAUUUUUAAGUCGGAAAGUAUUGUUAUAAACGAGUAUAAAUAAAUAUUUAAUUGAAACAUA